AAGCGAUUCUCCUGCCUCAGCCUCCUGAGUAGCUAGGAUUGCAGGUGCCCGCCACCGGGCCGAGCUAAUAUUUUGUAUUUUUAGUAGAGACAAGUUUUCACCAUGUUGGCCAGGCUGGUCUUGAACUCCUGACCUCAGGUGAUCCACCCCCUCCUCAGCCUCCCAAAGUGCUAGGAUUACAGGCGUGAGCCACCACUCCUGGCCAUACCAGGGUUUUCUAUUGAGUUUCUUGCCAAGGGUGACUCCCAAUAACAACCCCCCCUGCACUUAGCUCAGGACUGGAAAGCUCAGGCAGCAUAGGGUGAAUAAAAGCCUGAGUAGUGCAGUCCCCACAGAGGGGCAUGGGGGCCACAAGGUGGGCAGCAGCAAGGACAGGCAUUGUGAGGCAUUGCGGGGGGCUGUGGGGCUGGACAUUGUGAGUCACUAGCCUGACCUGGCUGUUGCCUGGUAACCAGGUGACAUAGGAAGGUUUGUGGGUUAUAAGCAUCAGCCAGGGCCAGCAGCCCUCAGUCGGUAGCUCGCAGUGGAGGGAGGAGGAGCUCCAACUGUGCUCUUUGAUGGCAGUUUUUGCACCUUUGGGUGCUUGUCGUGUUCGUUUAUUUUUCAAAGAAGACAGCAGGUCCCUGACCUCAUAGACCAGCUAGUUUGGGAGGUGGCGGCAGAGUAAGGGCUGAGGCCCCAGAUCUGCCUGGGGUCAGGCUGCUUCUAAAAGUGCAGGGCCACCCUCAGUAGUGUGGCUGCUAGGGCAGCACAGUUAAAAUUUUGCUGAAGGCUGAGGCAGGAGUGGAGAGGCACGGAGAGGCCCCAUGGGGAAUAUACUGACCUGUUGUGUGUGCCCCAAAGUCAGCUCCAACUGUGGCUGGCCCAGGAGGAAGGUAGCACCCAGUUAUGAAUCUGAUAUUUAUGAGGCCGUGGCUGCUCCAACAUCAGAAUCCACUACUGUAGAGCCUGGCAAGCUGGAUGUGGGAGCCACGGAGGGCCAAGACCUGCAGCACAUCAACAACCAAAAGAUGCCCACAGGUCCCCCUGAGGACCGCCUGAGUUUAAAAUUUCUGCCACCAAGUGAGGAAGACGAUGAUGCCAAGAUUUUACCAUCACCUGUCCAGGGUUCUUCUGAGGACAACCUGAGUUUAGUAUGCCUACCACGAAGUGAAGAUGAUGACUGUGAUGAUGAUGAUGAUGAUGUCCAGAUUUUACCAUCACGUGUCCAGGGUGGCUGUUACCAGUUUGAUAGCAGUUCUUGUUCUUCUGAGGACAACCUGAGUUUAGUAUGCCUACCACGAAGUGAAGAUGAUGACUGUGAUGAUGAUGAUGAUGAUGCCCAGAUUUUACCAUCACCUGUCCAGGCUUGUUCUGAAGAUAGCCUGUUUUUAAGAUGCUCACUGCGACACAAAGAUGAAGAAGAAGAUGAUGAUGACAUCCACAUACCAGCUCGGAAAGAAAGCGACUUGACGCUGGAGAGUCUAAGUGAUGAGGAGAUUCAUCCAGGGUGAAGCCCUUCUGUGGAGCUGACCAGGGUGCUGACCCAAAGGGCAGGCCAGCACGUGCUGCGGGGUCCCCAGCUUUGCCCCUGGAGGUCUCAAUCCUCUCUACAUUCUGAGGAAAACUCUUGGCCCCAGCAGAGAGCAAAAGUCCAAGGCCGCCUCACACCCACCGCCAGCACUGGGUUUGGCCUGUACCAUCCAGGACCCAGUGCUUCUGGGCCUGGCAUUUCUCCUUUGGCAAGACAGUGAGAAGAGACGUGACUGUGCUCCAUGAGAAGAAAGUGCUAUUCCAACUUGAAAUAAAGAGACUGAGUGCAUUUA